AGUUGUAGCUCAUCAUUGUUCACCACGAUGAAACAUUUCCGGAAGUUAAAAAUCCUUUUAUCAUUAUUUGUGUUAUCAGUGCAUGCUGAUCUUCCUUGCGCACCCAGACAAUACGAGGAGACAGUAGUAUGCGUCUGCAACACUACCUACUGUGAUACAGUCACUAGAGAAAUUCCGGACGAUGGAAACUAUAUAGUGUACACGUCAUCUAAGUCGGGUAAAAGGUUUAGUAAAAGCUAUGGUUUCACGCAAGAACAAUCUUAUACGAGUGACAAUGAAUCCUUCGAUUUGGUCCUGGACGUCCAACCAGAAAAAAUGUAUCAGACAAUUGAAGGUUUCGGCGGGGCGGUGACGGAUUCUGCAGGAAUAAAUUGGAAGAGCUUACCGCCUGCGGCACAACAGCAUCUAAUCGACUCGUAUUGCAGUGAAGACGGAUUGGAAUAUUCAAUGAUUCGCGUCCCUAACACUUCGUCGGAUUUCUCCACGCGCCCAUACGCUUACAAUGAAUACCCAAUUAACGACACAAAAUUAACCAACUUUACUUUAGCCCCGGAAGACGUCUUAUACAAGGUCCCCAUGAUCCAUGCUUGUAUGAAAGCAGCAAAAGUCGAUGUGGAAGUCGUUACAGCGAGUUGGGCACCUCCUACUUGGAUGGUUAUAAAGGAACAGAAUUCAGGGUUCCAAUAUGUUAAUGAAGAUUAUUAUCAGGCAUACGCUGACUAUCAGUGCAAAUUCGCCGAGCUUUACAACCAACAAGGUAUAAAAAUAUGGGGACUGUCAGCUGCAAAUGAACCGCUGCUUCCCUUUUUAUUGGAAGUCAAAGGAACCCAGAUAUGGACUAAAAAUAAAAUGGCGAAAUUUUUAAAAAACAAUUUAGGGCCUACAAUUCGAAACUGUUCAGUUCAAGACAUCCGGAUAAUGGCUGCAGAUGAUCAAAGAUACACUCUAGUACCUUUUUUUGAAUCUAUAGUAGAAGAUGACGAAAUUCUGAAGUACAUAGAUGGGAUAGCGGUCCAUUACUAUUUCGAUGAAAGUACGCCUCCUGCUAUACUAGCAAGAAUCAGUAAGAACUAUCCGGACAAAUUUAUCCUAUCCACCGAAGCGUGCGUAGGAUUCAAACUGACUGAUAUUCCUAAAGUAGACUUGGGGUCGUGGAAAAGAGCCAAAGUAUACAUCAAGGACAUCCUUGAGAACCUGAACUACAACAUAAUAGGGUGGAUAGAUUGGAAUAUGUGCCUCAACAAGGAGGGUGGCCCGACGUGGCUCAAGAAUUACGUCGACUCCCCCAUCAUAGUGGACGCCCAGAACGAGGAGUUCCUUAAACAGCCGACCUUCUAUGCGAUGGGUCAUUUCUCCAAAUUUAUACCGAGAGGUUCUAGACGAAUAGAAGUUUCGAAAAUAAUCCCGACAGAGGAAUUGGACGUGCAAGAACUCCAAGCGUUGGACCAAAGCUACUACGAUUCUGUUGCCUUCCUGACACCAACCGACACAAUCGUUGUUGUCAUCCACAACGAGGCAGCAAACACGAAAUCAGCUAAUAUUCGCGUUGGGCAGCAAGAAUUCUUCGUCAAGUUGGAUGCAGAGUCCGUCACAACAAUCGAAGUUGCAUAAUUAGAUUGAUCUUUGUAAAUUGUUAUCAAUUGUAUGUAUAUUUUAAUGUAUAUUAUGUUGGGGAGAUAUGAGUUCAAGGUUAUUUAAAACAACUCUUAAGCUUGUUAAUAUUUUAGAUUACUGGCAACAUUCAAGAACGCCAUUUUGAAUUGAGAACAAUUCUACUAAAUUACAACUGACACCGCUUAUUAGAAUAACUUGUUCAAGGAAGCACUUUAUCUUUUACAAUAAUAUAUCAAUUUUCAACCGAAAUUGUAAAAUGGGUAGAACA